AUGUCGGACUCUCUGGUUGUGUUACAAAGAGAAUAUGAAAUAAAGCAAGGGGACACCUUGAGGCUUGAUGCCUUUAUUUAGUCACUGGAAAAGGACAGAGACUGCCAUAAAUGUGAGACUGAGAAUUUGUUGAAGGCAUUAAGAAACACAUUCUCAAGUCCUAAGUAAAUCUCUACUUGUGGCAGCAUAAAAAAAAAAGUCAUCUGUCCUGUGGUUUCUGAUCCAGAAGUCUUGAAAAUAUUGAGAGAAUGUGAAGAACUUGGGUCAACAUGGGAAAUGAAUGAAUGUCAGGCAGAAAUUCAGGGUAACUUCAAAGUUUUAACAGUUGAGAGAGACAAAAUUCUCAGUCUUUAUGAACAGGCACAAGAGGAGAUUUCCCAGCUUUGUCAGGAAGUUAUAAAAUGCCCCAGGACUCCUAAAAGCAUCACUCCUGUAACAGCUUAAGCUGUAUUCAGACACAUGGAGCUAGAAAGGAAUACAGCACUGUCAGAUUGCCAAAGGAUGCCUACAGAACAUGAUAGCCUCAGGAAGCAGUUACAGAUUUCCCAAGAAACUUCUUUUAAUGAAAAGGCUCAUUUGGAACAGAGAACUGAAGAAUUAGAUACAAGUUAGAAAUUUUUAGAUAGUGAACAGUUAGAAGAGAUGUCUAAAGUGGCACUGAUGAAAGACACCAUUGAUUCUCUGGAAACUGAGAUGAAAAGAUUGACAAGAAGAUUGGAUUCUGAAACUGUGAGUUGACAAGAAGCUGAAUAUGCUUCUCUUAGUUUAUUGAAUGAAACAGCAGAACUGAGUGUUUCAGAGAUUCAGUGAAACCUUGUGAAGAAAAAACUUGAAAUGCAACUUAGCCAAGAGAAAAUGAUGCAUGUACUAUAUAAAAAACUAGUAGAGUACCAAACUGAGCUUGAUGAUAUGAAGUUGAAAACCCAGGGUUCAAACAGAGAUAUUUUCAGGAUGAAGCAUGUGCUGAAGUCUAAAAUGACUGUACAAAUUAAAACUGUUGAGAGAGCUGUGAGCUCUUAUCACAAAGCCUGUGAUCAAGGAGAAAGUUGGGAAGCAAAAUGCCACGAAGCAGAAACAGGCUUUUCCUGUUAGACUGGCAGAUCAGUGCAGUCUGAGAGCCACAGUUGGAAAGGGAAAAUAGAGUCCCUUAAAACACAGAUGGAGCAACUGCAGAGCAAAUGUGAAUCAAACCAUUCUGAAAUGGACCUUCUGAGAAAACAACUGGGAAAUGAAAAAGCAUCUAUGAAAAACCUGGAAUCUUCUCUUGUGUCCAAUUGUGAGAAGGAAUUUCAGUCACAGAGAGCAAACCAAGAGAAAGUCUCUGAAAUUCAGGUUCACAAGGAACAACUUGCUUUAGUAGAAAAUAAUCUUGCUGUGCAGAAUCAAGAUUUUAUCAGAAACAGAGCAGCUCAGUUAGACUCAGAACUGGAUAUCACCAAAACACAGCUGGGGACUGAGCACUCUGAUAGCGCCUGGCCGCUCCUGCUCCUCCUCACCCCCGCGUGGCCCUGUGACCCGGCCGCGGUCAAUGUCUUGCCGAGGUGGCAACACCUGAGCGCCGCACCCCGCUCUGCCCGGGCAGGGCCGCGGGCUCGCCUCCUCUUUGGCCCCGCGGCCACGGGCGGGCCCUGGGCCGCAGGUGCCGGCGGGCCCGGGGCGGAGCGGGCCGGCCCGCGGGCAGGUGGCGGCAGGUCCGCGGCUCGCAUGGCUCCGCGCCGCCGCUCCCCGCCGCUCCCCGCUGCCGGCACCGCCGUGCCGCCGCCCCGGGCCGCCGAGGGCCGCGCCGCCCCUCACGGGCUUCAGGUGAGUGAGGCAGAGCGGGACCCGCCGGGCAGCGGCUCCUCGGGUCGAGCCCCGGGCGCUGCCGUCGGGGGAGGCUGGGCAGCGGGCAGGGCUUCGCUCCCUUCCCCGCGCCUUGUCCGGAGGCUGUUUGUCUGCGAGCACAGCGACGGGAGACGCUGA